AUCGACUGAGCAAUUGGAGAGCAGGAGCGUAGUGAUAGGAGAAACAUGCCCGUUAGGAAAAGGAGAAAUUUUGGGAGUUGAACUUGCACCCCCGAGCUCUCAGAUGAUGUUAAGUAACUUAACGGUCUCCGCAGGAGUUUUAAGUGUUAGAAAAUGGAUUCACUUUGGCAGUCAAAAGGAUAAUAUUUGCACAAUAGUUAACUUUUGGUACUAAACAUGGAUAAUCUCUUUCCGUCUCUCCUUUUCUCCCUCAAUUGUACUGUUUGUGACAAAGAAGCUGGCUUGCGUAGUUUGAUUAUUGAUUCUCUGUUUGGUAAAUGGAAGUUUAUGCGAACUUUUGGAGGAGUCAUCUGUCAUCAUGCAGUUAAGGUGCUGGUUCCUAGUUCUACAGUAGAUUUUUCUAUAAUACGGUAGGAAUGUAUGCUCUAAUUUUCAAGUUUCAUUGUACUGGCGGUACUUUGUUUUAUGGCCCUCAUAACCAACAAAGAUACACAAGUUCACUGAAGUACAAGACGCCACGCAUUUAUAUGUGGCCUGUUCUUUCCAAAUCUGUUCUACCACUCUUCAGUCGUAUGCUAAGGCCCACCUCUCUCCAUACAUAAAGUGCCAAGACCUUUUGUUGAGAUUACUCCUGAACUUUUUUGUCUAUAGUCAAGUCAUUGCCGACGGGCUAUCUCAUCUGAAGCGCACUUCACUGGUUCUAUGGAUAAGGCGGAAGCGGAGCAUCCUUGGCUCAGCAUUUAUGUGCUUGGGGCUCGGUUCCAUAAUAGAACUUUGCUAACUCAAAGUGCCUCACCUCGAGAAUGUAUUUUUUUGCUAAUCACUGGCCCUUUUUAUCAUGGUGUUGAGUGCCAAACUAGUUUUUGGAGUACACCUGUAAGAUACUUUUAAGCAGUGCAUAUUUAUAUCCCAGUAUGUUUGGAAAUGGUAAUGUAGAAUCAUUUUAUAAGCAUAAAGCUUUUUGACUCCUUUGAACUUCUAAAGACGGACUAUGAAUCAUGCCCUUGCUCUUCGCUUCAUCUGAGAAGAUUGCAUCCGUUAACUGUUUCUUUUAUUCUUUGCCAGCAUCCACUAUCUGUCGAGCAGCCUAUGAACUGCCAGCCUCUCGAAAUGGCGAAUCUUCGGUCUCUGUUUUCACCAAGACACAUGUUAGUGCUUUCUGUUGCACUUAAUGUGAGCUUAGUGCUCAAAAUUAUUCAACAGAGAAAGAAUAGAAGAGAGAAAGUAAGUGGAAUUUAUGUGGAGAAGCCAAAAGAUGCUCAGAUUGCUGAAGAGUCCCAAAUUGAAGCCAGUUCCAUUCAAAACAUGCACCCAACACCUUCACCAAUGGCUGUAAAUGGGGAAGAUGCAGAUGACGGGAGAAAUGUGAUCAAUCUUGACCACGGUGAUCCUACAAUGUAUGAGAGAUAUUGGCAAGAAAUGGGUGACAAAACCACAGUGGUGAUACCAGGCUGGCAGUUCACCAGUUACUUCUCAGACGCUGGGAACCUCUGCUGGUUUUUGGAGCCUGAGCUUGCCAAGGAGAUUGCUCGUCUCCAUAAAGUGGUUGGUAAUGCUAUAACAGAGGGUCGUUACAUUGUGGUUGGAACGGGUUCUUCACAGCUGUUUCAAGCUGCUUUAUAUGCUUUCACAGCAAAUAAUGCAUCUGAGCCCUUUAGUGUGGUGUCCGCGGCUCCAUAUUACUCAUCAUACCCAGCCGCAACUGACUGCCUGAAGUCAGGCCUGUAUAAAUGGGGCGGGGAUGCACACAACUUCACCAAGACAGGCCCCUACAUUGAACUGGUCACUUCUCCGAAUAAUCCAGAUGGCUUUGUCAGGCAGUCAGUAGUCAAUCGAAGUGGGGGAAUAUUGGUGCAUGACCUUGCUUACUACUGGCCACAGUAUACUCCCAUAACAUCGGCUGCUGAUUAUGAGCUGAUGUUGUUCACUGUCUCAAAAUCAACAGGCCAUGCUGGGAUGCGCAUCGGUUGGGCCCUUGUCAAGGAUCCGUCAAUUGCCGAGAAGAUGGUCAAAUACAUAGAGCUCAGCACCAUAGGCGUGUCCAAGGAUUCACAGCUUCGGGCAGCAAAGGUGUUGAAAGUUGUUUCUGACAGUUGUGGAACAGCAGCCAGACCCAGAGAAAACUUCUUUGGGUAUUGCCACCAACUCAUGGCAGAGAGGUGGAAGCUACUGAGAGAGGCAGUGAAACAAAGCGGAAUCUUCAGUCUGCCUGAAUUUGAACCAGGAUUCUGCAACUUUUUCCAGUGUCUCUUCGAGCCUCUACCAGCUUUUGCAUGGUUGAAAUGUGAAGACGGUAUAGAAGAUUGUGAAAGCUUUCUUAAAAGCCAUAACAUCUGGACGAGGAGCGGGAGGCAUUUUGGGGUUAGCCCUUCAUAUGUCCGAGUAAGCAUGUUGGACCGUGAUAGAACUUUUGGCUGUUUCGUGAAAAGGUUAUCGCAGAUCCGUCUGUGAUAAUUAUUAGUAGGAGCAAAAUCUUUUGUACAUCAAAUGCCUCCCCCCACGUCUGCAGCUAGGAUUCUUGUCCCAUUUAUUCCAAUUUUAUUUAGAUCCACUCACACCAAGCACGAGAGGGAAGUGAUUUUAUUUGAUUUAUCCCUCUAAUCCAUCCUAGGCAUGUGAUACCAUCUGUACCAAGAUCCAUCUGUGCUAGUCAUGAGUAUGGGCAACUACUCGUGUACACUAGAUCGGUAGAUCCAUCUGUAUUGUGAAGAAACGGCGAGGAUUCUAUACUCUGUAAUCAAAUCCGUUGUACAUGUAAGCAUAUUUCUUCCUGAAGUAUCUUUGGUUCAAUUAAGUUAACUGA